GGCUGUGGCGUGGGAGUUGCUUCCGGGUCGCGCGCCCGGAAGCAGGAAGUUGGCGGCUCACCCUCCUCGCUCGGAGGCUGCAGUCCCCGAGGGGGCGCGGGCCCCGCAUGGAUUUUGUAUGGGAAGACAUGGAUCUUGCUGCCAACGAGCUCAGCAUUUAUGACAAACUUUCAGAGACUGUUGAUUUGGUGAGACAGACAGGCCAUCAAUGUGGCAUGUCAGAGAAGGCAAUUGAAAAAUUUAUCAGACAGCUGCUGGAAAAGAAUGAACCUCAGAGGGGACCACCCCAGUAUCCUCUCCUGAUAGCCGUGUAUAAGGUCCUUGUAACCCUGGGAUUAAUCUUGCUCACUGCCUACUUUGUGAUUCAACCUUUCAGCCCAUUACCGCCUGAACCGGUGCUUUCUGGAGCUCACCCUUGGCGCUCACUCAUUCAUCACAUCCGGCUGAUGUCCUUGCCCAUUACCAAGAAGUAUAUGCCAGAAAAUAAGGGCAUUCCUCUGCAUGGGGGCGAUGAAGACAGACCCUUUCCAGACUUUGACCCUUGGUGGACAAGCAGUUGUGAGCAGAAUGAGUCGGACCCCAUCCCCACCAACUGCACCGGCUGUGCCCAGAAAUUACCCCUCGAGGUGAUGCUCCUGGAAGAUACCCCAAAGAAAUUAGAGAGACUCCAUCCUCUGGUGAUCAAGACGGGCCAGCUUGUGUUCCCGGAGGAGCUCCAGCACUUUCUGUGCCAGUACCCUGAGGCGGCGGAGGGCUUCACCGAAGGGCUUUUCUCCAAGUGGUGGCGCUGCCUUCCCGAGCGGUGGUUCCCAUUUCCGUAUCCGUGGAGAAGACCUCUAAACAGAUCCCACAUUUUACGCGAGCUUUUUCCUGUUUUCACCUACCUGCCAUUCCCAAAAGAUGCCUCCUUAAAAAAGUGCUUCCUUCUUCAACCGGAACCUGUUGUGGGUAGUAAGAUGCAUAGAAUGCAUGACCUGUUUAUCAUUGGCAGCGGUGAGGCCGUAUUACAGCUCCUCCCUCCCUUCCAGUGCCGGAGACACUGUCAGUCCAUGGCGAUGCCACUAGAACCAGGGGAUAUUGGUGUGGCCGGUCCUUGCCAUUCACCUGCUUUCCCGUUGCUGUUUGCCUUCAAGGCUAUGCCGGUGCCACCCACUGGAAGGUCUACGUUAGAGCCAGAGGGGCCCAGCCUUUGGUCAUCUGUGACGGGACCACCCUCUCAGAGCUAUAGGAGACGAGAACUGACCAGAGGAACAACUUCGAGGUCUGAAGGCCAGAUUGGAAGGGAAGAAAUAAAAACAGAAACAAUGAAAGCACUUUCCUGCCCUGUGCGUGUGUUUAGAGCCUGCUGUAUGCUGAAGGCAGUGGCCAGAGCCUGGCCCUCCUGACUCCUCCAGCCUACCCGUGUGGCCAGGAUUUCACUGAUACCUGUCUGUGAGAGGCUGGCCUCUUCCACACCUUCUGGAACCGCAGCCUUGAGGCUGCCUCUCAGGCAGGAAACAGGGUUGAUGCCUUCCCUUACUUGUAUGGCAUGGCCCUCUCUGCUGGCUCCCUGGCCACAGAGAUGGUGGCCAGCAGGUCCUGACUGCAGGGCCGUGCCUUACCAGGUAGGCCUGCUCCGCCUGUCUUCCCGGCCGCACCACCCGAUACUUUUAUGGAAAGCCAUGGCCGAUUAAAUAAGUUGUUGCAAUUUC